CCGCCCCCGGCUCCAUCUUGCUGGUGAUCCGGCUGUUCUGUGGUGUGGCUGCCACGGAGUCAGAAUGUCAUACCCAGGCUAUCCUCCCACAGGCUACCCACCUUUCCCUGGAUAUCCUGUGUGUUGCAAGAGAGCCACGAGUUCCUCUGUUUAUUGUAGAGAGGAAGAUCUUUUUCCAGAUGCCAGGAAAAUAAAGGAACUAAGGAGCUGAGUUUGUUGUCCUGAAGCCUUGAUGUUUGGAAGGAACCUGGUUCUAACUCCCAAGUAGAGAAACUGAGGCCUCUUGCCUGACCACGUAGAAUUAAUUUUAACCAAAUUCUGACAAGUAUCCUGACAAACUAGUAUUCUGAUAAACCACUAAUAAACAGUUAUCUUUCUGUGUUCCUUUUUUAAGAUGGGUCAUACUUCUCUUUGAUCACAUUCAUUUGAAAAUUUUUCUGAUUUUUAGCCUGUGGGUCAGGAGUCUUCAUUUCCCCCUCCGGGUCAGUAUCCUUAUCCUGGUGGCUUUCCUCCAAUGGGAGGGGGUGCCUACCCACCAGCACCAAGUGGAGGUUACCCAGGAGCUGGAGGCUACCCUGCCCCUGGAGGUUAUCCAGCCCCUGGAGGUUAUCCUGGUGCCCCACAGCCAGGAGGAGCCCCGUCCUACCCUGGAGUUCCUCCAGGCCAAGGAUUUGGAGGCCCACCAGGUGGAGCAGGCUUUUCUGGCUAUCCACAGCCACCAGCACAGUCUUAUGGAGGUGGCCCGGCACAGGUUCCAAUACCAGGUGGCUUUCCUGGAGGACAGAUGCCUUCUCAGUAUCCUGGAGGACAAGCUCCUUUCCCCACUCAGCCUGCUGCGAUGACUCAGGGCACUCAAGGAACAAUCCGGCCUGCUUCCAACUUUGAUGCCAUGAGAGAUGCAGAAAUUCUCCGAAAAGCAAUGAAGGGUUUUGGGACAGACGAGCAGGCAAUCGUGGAUGUUGUGGCCAACCGUUCCAAUGAUCAAAGGCAACAGAUUAAAGCAGCUUUUAAGACCAUGUAUGGCAAGGAUUUAAUCAAAGAUCUCAAAUCAGAGUUAAGUGGAAAUAUGGAAGAACUGAUCCUUGCUCUGUUCAUGCCAGCCACUUACUAUGAUGCCUGGAGUUUACGGAAUGCAAUGAAGGGAGCAGGAACUCAGGAACGGGUAUUGAUUGAGAUUUUAUGCACAAGAACAAAUCAGGAAAUCCGAGAAAUUCUUAGAUGUUAUGGAUCAGAAUUUGGACGAGACCUUGAAAAGGACAUUAGGUCAGAUACAUCAGGGCAUUUUGAACGUUUACUUGUAUCCAUGUGCCAGGGAAAUCGUGAUGAGAACCAGAAUGUAAACCAUCAAAUGGCUCAGGAAGAUGCACAGCGUCUCUAUCAGGCUGGUGAGGGGCGACUAGGGACAGAUGAAUCUUGCUUUAACAUGAUUCUUGCCACAAGAAGCUUUCCUCAGCUGAAAGCCACCAUAGAGGCUUAUUCCAGGAUGGCUAACAGAGAUUUGCUGAGCAGUGUUAGCCGUGAGUUUUCCGGAUACGUUGAAAGUGGUUUGAAGGCUAUCUUGCAGUGUGCCCUGAACUGCCCCGCCUUCUUUGCUGAGAGGCUGUACUUUUCCAUGAAAGGUGCUGGCACAGAUGACUCUACCCUGAUCAGGAUCGUGGUCAGUCGAAGUGAGAUUGACCUUGUACAGAUAAAACAGAUGUUCAGUCAGAUGUAUCAGAAGACCCUGGGCACAAUGAUUGCAAAUGACACCAGUGGAGAUUACCGAAAGCUGCUUCUGGCCAUCGUAGGCCAGUAGGAGGGGUUUUUUUACGAGUCGAUUUUCUAUCCUGAGCUUAUCCUUCAAAGCGGUGACUGGCCUGCACGUAGCCGUAUCAUCUGUUCCCUAACCAAAAGCUUUUACUAAAGACUGUGUCCGGGUAAUGUGCUUGGUUUGCACACGUUGUUAUUGCCUUAAUUCUGAUGUUAGUUUUUCUCUAUAUACAAUCAGUGUAAAGCCAUAUCACAAUGAUGCAGUAAUAAUGCAUUGUUGGUAAAGCAUAAUUCUUACUGCUCUUAUUCUAAUCAGGAUGUCAAAUUGAAUAAAAAUCGCAACAAUCUCU